GGCAGUCGGUCCCUCCAGCUGUCCGACCGAGCGGCGCCGACCCAGCCUGAGGCCUGGGCUCUGGCUCCCCGGCGGAGGGAUUCGCGACGGCUGAGGAGGCGGUGCUGAGUUAAAGAGGAAGAGGCCACUACCGCGGCGGCGGCGGCGGCGGCUGCUCGGACUGCAGCGCAUAAAGGGGCCGCCGCCGGGUGAUGCGGUGACCGCUGCGGCAGGCGCAGGAGCCCAGUGGGCCUCGGCCCUCAGUAGGUCCCGCUGAACGCGCGCUUCCGAGCUCUCCAUCUUCUCCAAUCAACCCGCGGUCACCGAGGCGGCCUCGCGCCCCCUCGCCCCUUCCCCGUCCCUCCCCUGUCCCCGUCCCCGCCCUGGGGGUUGCCGCCACCCGCCUCCCACGAUGGCUCUAAAGAGAAUCCACAAGGAAUUGAAUGACCUGGCACGGGACCCCCCUGCACAGUGUUCAGCAGGUCCUGUUGGAGAUGAUAUGUUCCAUUGGCAAGCUACAAUAAUGGGGCCAAAUGACAGUCCCUAUCAGGGUGGAGUAUUUUUCUUGACAAUUCAUUUCCCAACAGAUUACCCCUUCAAACCACCUAAGGUUGCAUUUACAACAAGAAUUUAUCAUCCAAAUAUUAACAGUAACGGCAGCAUUUGUCUUGAUAUUCUACGGUCACAGUGGUCUCCAGCACUAACUAUUUCAAAAGUACUCUUGUCCAUCUGUUCUCUGUUGUGUGAUCCUAAUCCAGAUGAUCCCUUAGUGCCUGAGAUUGCUCGGAUCUACAAAACAGAUAGAGAAAAGUACAACAGAAUAGCUCGGGAAUGGACUCAGAAGUAUGCGAUGUAAUUAAAGAAAUUAUUGGAUAACCUCUACAAAUAAAGAUAGGGGAACUCUGAAAGAGAAAGUCCUUUUGAUUUCCAUUUGACUGCUUUCUAUGAGCCCACGCCUCAUCUUCCCCUGUGCACAUGUUUACCUGAUACAGCAGUUCCGCGUGUUGUACAUACUUGGAACAACAAACUAGAAAUACUGUACUUCUGUACCAACAUUGCCUCCUAGCAGAGAAGUGUGUGUGUGACAAGCCAGUUCUUCAGGCGUAACCUAGGUGUGAGACUAAAAGCUUUCCUAUUGACUUAAAUUUGGAUGACGUCAAGGUGAGGGGUGGUGGGUAUGGUGUGUGCUUGGAUGGGGAAGAAAAGCUCUACUGACUUAUAAGAGAUGGUUUUUAAGUGGAAUCCUUUUAAACUCAAAACAGAUACGAAAAACAAGGCGAAGAACACGAAGCUGUUUCUAUACUCCUUUUAUGCUGAAGGACCUACGUCUUAGGUGAAAGUUAUGACCAGCCAGAUUAAAACCUACCAUUUUAAGGUCUAAGUUUAACUGGAUUGGAGCUAUUAGUACAUAAAGUGUGAUGGGCUUUGUUCCCUCCUCUUACAUCUCCCCACCCUUUAACCCUCAUCCUUUCAACCCCUCUUUUUCUCUUCCAUAUUCUUUGGUUUGUAUGUGGUUUCUCAGUUAAUACAUAGCUAAUAGCUCUUAUUUUUCUUAUGUUUUUAACUGCUUAGGUCUCUCUGGAAAAGGGUGAAAAUUCAUUUGAUGGAAAUACUUGUGUAUAUUUAAAGACCCCGUUGCUCCUCUGGAGCUUGUACGUUCAAGAAUGAUUAAUCUGUGUAAUAAACUGAUUACUACAGUCAUUACAUAUAA